AGCUCACCAAUAAUGAAUUGAAAGGAAAUAGGGAAUAUUUGUUGGUCGAAUUGGUUGAUGAAAGACAAGGCAUAGAUGAUAUAAGAAAUCUAGGGAAAAGAAAAUAUGUUGAUCAAAAAGCAGUUGAGACACCCAAUAAAAGAGGAAGGUCACAAAAAGUGUUAGAAGUGAAACCAAGUGAAUCAUCAUCAUCAACUUCCAA